CACUUCUAGCGUGUGUGUUUUCAUCGCAUUUUAAUCAAUGAAGUUUGUUUAUGUAAAGUAUCUAAAUGGUGCCUGUAGGGAAUGUCGAAUUGAUCAAAUUUCAAUCUAAUACAAGACUGUAAGUCUGUAACCAAUCCCGAUGGAACCAGUCAAAGAGACGUGUCGGUUCUGCAUGGAACCCACCCAAAUUUUCACGGAUUCAAUCUUCAGUGAUCAAAUGCGACCGAUUCUUAGAACAGUUUUUAGCUUUGAGCUCAAUGAAGAGAAACACCUGCCAACUGGAAUUUGUCCUGAUUGUUACUCCAAAAUAUCAGCAUAUCAUGACUUCCAUGAAACCGUUCGUUUGAAUGAAAAUCGCUUGCAAACAACGAUCAUUCCAAAUGAGACGGCAUACAUUAAGCAAGAAUACCUUGUUUUGCCAUAUUGUAGUGAAGAUAAGCUCAACGAUACGACCGAGCAAAUUGAUCUGGCCGACAAUGAAGCGACUCCACCGGAGAUGAAGGUGGAAUCCGAGGAGUCAAGCUCAAGUGAAGAAGAGCCUCCCAAGCGUCAGCGUAGGAAGCGCAAAAUUGAAACGCCCAAGGUAGCGAACAAGAGGAUUGAAGAGAAAUUUGAAGAGGCUCAAAAAAAGCUGGAAAAGCAACAGGAGGAAAAUAAAAAGAUUGGAGAAUUUUUUGCGAUGACUUGUGAAUACUGCAGCGAGAAGUUUGACACCUUCCUGGAUUUGCAGCGCCAUUCCCGCAAAGAGCACAAUGCACGCGGAAGUAUUAAAUGUUGCAAUAAAGUUAUUUACAAAAGACGUAAAGUUCUGGACCACAUAGAUUCCCAUCUUAAUCCGGAAAAAUUCCGCUGUGAUAUCUGCCAGAAAAGUUAUAGCAGUAAACACUAUCUAGAUUUACAUAACUUGAAAAUACACAGUGUAGAUCAACCCUUCAAAUGUGAGAAAUGCGAACAGCGGUUCCCUAAGGAAUAUCUACUGAAGGCUCACCUUGUGACUCAUGUCCAGGCUGAAUGCAACAUUUGCAAUAAAGUUCUGGCGAGUGUCAAUUCUCUCAGAAACCACAUUUCGAUAGUGCACAAUGGAGAAUCGAAGCGCAUUUGCGAUACCUGCGGGCAGCAAUUUCGUACUAAACUGGCUAUGGAGAAACACAUCAAGGUUCACAUGGGCAUCAACCCGAUACAACGGGUCCAAUGUCACAUAUGUAGCAAAUGGGUCAACGGCAAAACCAAUCUGAGAAUGCACAUUAAAACCGUGCACAACGAGAAGAACGGUCCGGUACUGUGUGAUAUCUGUAACCAACAGUAUCCGAAUCAUCGGGCGAUGUACAGCCACAAGCAGCGCGUUCACGUGGAGGAAAAAUUCGAGUGCGAAUUUUGUGGCAAAAAAUUCAAGCGAAAAAUCUAUCUCAAAGAGCACCGGGCGUCCCACACCGGGGAAGCUCUGUACUCAUGUGAUCUGUGCGGCAUGACCACCAACUCUAAUGCCAAUCUCUAUUCGCACAAGAAAAGUAAACACCCGGAUGAAUGGCUGGAGGCUCGCAAAAAGGCUUUGGCAUUGGCUUACGGGUGAGAAGUGAAGAUUAUUCCAUAAGAAUCAAAUAUAGUAAAAAUGUCUUUAAAUUUGAAAUUGAUCUACAUUCUAUAGGCAGGCUCGUAUUUUGCAGAUUAUUCAAGCUUAGUGUAGAUUUUAUUGAAGGCACAUUAUAAUUUAAACUGAAAAAAACCACUGUCUCUCGAUAACUUGAUUCAAAACAUCUAUAGCUUACCCUCCAGUAUUUUAAAUAAAUAAAAUAACUUUAAACGAUACCAUAUGUGUUCUUUAAAUGUUUGUAACCUCAACAAAAU